AUGGACGGAGGAGGAGGAGUCAGCGACCCCAAUCUCAAGACUGACCGUGCUAGUGUUGGCGGCGUCGGCGGCGAUGGAGGACCGGCCGUCGGUGUUCAGAUCAAUCAACGCCACUCUCAUCGCAGGCUUCCUGAUUUCCUCCAAAGCGUAAAUCUCAAAUACGUCAAAUUAGGUUACCACUAUCUCAUCUCUCACUUAUUGACCUUGUGUUUGAUCCCUGUUAUGAUCAUAAUCUUAAUCGAAGCAUCUCAAAUGAACCCUAAUGACAUUCGUCAAUUAUGGGUGCAUCUACAAUACAAUCUCGUUAGUGUGAUUGUAUGUUCUACUGUUUUGGUAUUCGGAUCUACUGUCUACAUCAUGACCCGACCUAAACCCGUAUACCUCGUUGAUUACUCUUGCUAUCGUGCACCGGAUCACCUGAAAGCUCCAUACGAACGAUUCAUGAAGCAUUCUAGGUUAACCGGUGAUUUUGAUGAAUCGUCUCUUGAGUUUCAAAGAAAGAUCUUGGAAAGGUCUGGACUCGGUGAAGAAACUUAUGUACCUGAAGCUAUGCAUUUUGUACCUCCACGUCCGUCCAUGGCCGCCGCCAGGGAGGAGGCGGAGCAGGUUAUGUACGGAGCUUUAGAUAAUCUGUUUUCCAGUACCGGAGUUAAACCAAAAGACAUCGGCAUCCUUGUGGUGAACUGUAGCUUGUUCAAUCCGACUCCUUCUUUGUCUUCCAUGAUCGUUAACAAAUACAAAUUAAGAGGUAACAUCCGGAGCUUCAAUUUGGGCGGAAUGGGAUGCAGCGCCGGUGUGAUUGCCAUCGAUCUUGCCAAGGAUAUGUUACAGGUUCACCGGAAUACGUACGCCGUCGUUGUCAGCACCGAAAACAUCACCCAAAAUUGGUAUUUCGGGAACAAAAAGUCCAUGCUGAUCCCCAAUUGUUUGUUUCGAGUCGGGGGUUCUGCAGUUUUACUCUCCAACAAAUCAAUCGAUAAAAGACGAGCAAAAUACAAACUCGUUCAUGUCGUCAGAACCCACCGUGGUGCAGAUGAGAAAGCUUUCCGGUGCGUAUAUCAAGAACAAGACGCCGCCGGAAAAACUGGUGUCUCUUUAUCAAAAGAUCUCAUGGCAAUCGCCGGCGGCGCACUGAAAACCAACAUCACAACUCUGGGCCCACUUGUUCUUCCAAUCAGUGAACAGCUCCUUUUCUUCUGCACUUUAAUAAUAAAAAAAUUCUUCAAUAACAACAUCAAACCCUACAUUCCUGAUUUCAAAUUAGCUUUUGAUCAUUUCUGCAUCCACGCUGGUGGUCGGGCUGUGAUUGAUGAGCUUGAGAAGAAUCUGCAGCUAUACCCGACACAUGUUGAAGCGUCGCGAAUGACACUUCAUAGAUUUGGGAACACUUCUUCAAGUUCAAUUUGGUAUGAAUUGGCUUAUAUCGAAGCUAAAGGGAGGAUGAAAAGAGGUCAACGGGUAUGGCAGAUUGCAUUUGGGAGUGGGUUUAAAUGCAACAGUGCGGUUUGGAAAGCGUUGCGAAAUGUGAAACCGUCGCAAAAUGGUCCAUGGGAUGAUUGUAUUGACAAGUAUCCGGUUGAAUUACUUUCGUAA